AGUUCAGCCUGGAUGUGGCGUCCCUUUAUGACGAGCGCAUCAGCAACAAAGGUUGAUAAAAAAAUGGCUGCUGGGUGCGCUUGGUUCCUGGUGUUGGGAUCUGUCUUUUUGUGCAAUCUCUUCAAAACACUCUUGCCGACUAUUUCCUCUUUCCUAUUGAAGGUCCUUCAGAAAGAUGCUGAGCAGGAGAGGGAUAUGCGGGCUGAGAUCCAGGAGAUGAAGAAGGAGCACAACUCCGUUAGCAUGAUGGAUGAGUUUGCCAGAUACGCCAGACUAGAGCGCAAAAUCAACAAGAUGACUGACAAGCUGAAGACACAUGUCAAGUCUAGAACUGCUCAACAAGCCAAAAUGAAAUGGAUGGUGAAUAUAGGUUUUUACAUCCUCCAGGCUGCUCUGAUGAUCUCCCUGAUUUGGAAGUAUUAUGCUGACCCAGUGACUGUUGUACCCAGUAAGUGGAUUGCCCCCCUGGAGCAGCUGGUGGCAUUCCCAUCUGGAGUAGCAGGUGGUGUUGGAAUCACAUGCUGGCUGGUGGUGUGCAACAAAGUGGCAUCUAUUGGUCUACAUGCAAUUAGCUAAGGAAUGGGAUCUUUUAUUAAUGUCUUAUUUAUUCCCCAAAUGCUCUGAGAAUGAAGUCAGGCAUUGUUAGUCAGCACUUUGAUAUUAAAGUGUAAAUU